AUGGCCGCGCCCUUCGUAGGUCUUGCACUGUCAGGUGCUACACCCCUGAUCAAUAACUACGAAAAAGCUUGGGACCCGCUCAAGUCGAAAGCCCAGAAAAUGCGGGAGCAUCACAAGGGUGGUCGUAGGCGGCAUGAUGAUGAUUAUGAUGAGCCGACGCCCGAGGAACGUGGAUGGGUCUUGAAAAAGCGGUCGGAGGUGCAGUCCGACGAGGAAAUAGUGGAACGGGUGCCUCGAAACCAGCAAAUCAUCCCAUACAGACCGCGUGCAAAUCGUCGAGCCAGUUCACUUGAUGGCAAUGACUAUAGGGACAGACGUGUUGGUGCCUACAAAGGUCGACGCGACGCCUCAGAUUCAGAAAGCUCUGUACCACCUCGAUCCCGCGUCUCCCGCACCAGGUCCAAACGAUCGUCUUCCAAGUCUACCUCGAGUUCCGACGACCUUGGAUCCUCUACGGAUGACGAGCGCCGGUGCCGAGACAUAAAUCGCAAGAAAUGGUUGACCAGCGGUCUUGCGGCAGUUGCCACGAUCCACGCCGCUGCCAAAAUCUACUCGUCACUCGAAGCAAGAGACAAACGUCAUGAGCAAGUCAUGGCUGGGGACAUGUCACCCGAGGAGGCACGCAAGAAACGAAAUAGAGGACGGAUACAAGAUGCUGCUGCUGUUGGAGUUGCAGCACUUGGAAUCAGAGGAGCAAUGGGUGAAUGGCGUGAGGUUGAGGAGAAAGCGGAAGAGCACAAGAAGUACCUGAAACAAAAGGAGGAAAAUCACCGGAAAAGGAUGGAGAAACAGAAAAGAAUGAUGGCAGCAAGUCGAGGGGAGUAUGGGUCUGGGUCUGGGUCUGGAUAUCAUGAUGAUCGAGAUGAUAGAGAACAUCGGCAGAGAGCCAUAAAAGAUCAUGGAGAAUAUGACAGGCACAGGAGCAAGAGUAUGAGCACUUAUGACGAUGAUCGUGACGCCCGGGCUCUUGUCAGGAGCAAGAGCAGAAGGCGCAGUGACGAGUAG